GUAGCUUGAUAAGACGAGUCUCUCACAAACAUAACUUCUGAAGCUAUCACAUUGCGAUAAUUUGCGAGAUUAUACUGAAGUGCUAAAGUGAGCUGUCAGUCUCAUUCGACGGAAGUACUUGGUUUAGUGUUUCAGAUAUAGUCCGCUGUGCAUUUUUAUUGCUUGUCGGUGAGUCAUUGAUGUAGUGUGACUUUUCGACUGUAAGUGCAAAUUGUGUUUAAAUACAAAUAUGAUAACUUUAAACGUUACCAAAUAUUUCAACGGAGGAACGUGCAGGAACAUUCUCGGAAACAGAUUAUCACAAAAUAUUAUAUGCAUUAGCAGACUCGCCAGAUCAAUGUCUACGGUGGAUUCUAAAGAAAUUAAACACUUUUCUGAUCUGGAAAACAAUUGGUGGGACAAGAACGGCCCAAUAAAGGGCCUCCAUACGUACAACCCGCUCAGAAUACAGUUUGUGAAAGAUGGAUUGACAAACGCCGGAGUCAAACUACAGAAUUCAAAUCUACCAUUGAAAGGAAUUAAAAUUGUAGACGUUGGCUGCGGUGGAGGUAUAUUAGCUGAGGCUUUAGCUGAAGCAGGUGCGCAAGUAACUGGAAUUGACGCAUCGGCAGAAUUAAUAAAUAUUGCCAAAGAGCAUGUAAAAUUAAAUCCCGAGAUAUCAGAAAGAGUGAAUUACAUUCAGACAACCGUGGAAGAGUUUGUCCAAAAAGAGAAAGAAACGUACGACGUUGUUAUAAGUUCCGAGGUCUUGGAACAUACAGAGGACCCGCAACUAUUUUUAAAGGAAUGUGUGAAAACUGUGAAGCCUGGCAAAUCGAUUUUUAUAACGACAAUAAACAAAACUCUAAAAUCUUUCUGGUCUACUAUUGUACUAAAUGAAUACGUUUUCAAAGUUAUACCUCGCGGUACUCAUCAGUGGAAUAAAUUUAUUGCUCCACAAGAAGUGCAACGUAUAUUGAAAAAUUAUGGUUGCGAAACAAAAUUAAUUCGCGGUGCGAACUUGAAUCCAAAGACGGCACAAUGGUCUCAAACAUCAUCACUAUCUACUUUUUAUGGACUUCACGCAAUUAAACAAAAAGAAACUGGCGCGUAAACGUUUUGAAAAGCAGAUUGCGAAAAUAUUCGUAAACGUAAAACAUUAUUUUAAUGCGUUACAGAAAAGUGUAGGUAAAAACGUUCUUGCACAACCUUCAUAGUACAUAAAAUAUAUGUUUCACAUAAAUAAUUUUCCUGCUUAGUUUUGCAGAAUUGAUUAUUCCGCAUAUACUUAUACUUUUUUCCUACGUUGAUAAAACUUUCUCACCGACAAACAAUAACUCUUGAGUAUUUUAUUUAUUCACAAGAUUAUUUAAACUACUUAUUAUGUGCUAUUUGAUCUGUCUCGAACGUAGAAUGUAUGUGAAAAUCAAUAGUCGUUAUUUAUUUCGCGGAAGUGCUUAUCUAUUUUUCAUUUACAUUUUCCUUGCUUCUACUUGGGAAAAUGGUUAAAAGAGGGAAAGUAACGAGAAGUGUGAGCAGUCUACCAUAAACUAUUCGUUUUAUAGCGGAAUCGUCGGCACUAUUGAAUAUUCUCUUAUUGCCAGCAGCAGUUUAACAAUCAAGAUAAGAAUUUUUAUGAGUAUUCAUGCUAGUGUUAUAAAUAUUCCCAGCAGUACUGCAUCGCUGGAAACUAUUUUUGCCACAAUUGUAAGUGCAGUUAAUGCAAUGCGCAAAUAAGAAAAAAGAUUAUAAAGUGUAUACUUCUAAUGUAACAAUUUUAACAAAAAUAUAAUUCUAUAAUAUUCAUCUUUAA